AUGGAAGAUUUACCAGAGUUUAAAGCGGUUGUAAGCUUUUUGGAGAGCUAUGACGUCGACAUCGAAUAUUUCAUAGAAUCUAUUAAUGACUUUCUCGGCAAUUUAGAUAGAGUUCAAAGAAGAAUUCUACGUAAUCCUCUAAAGCAGUUAAGUGGCCGCGAUCCAUCAGCCUUUAUUCGAGAUCGUAUGGAAUUAUUCCCCAAAGAGAAAAUGACUGCUUUGUACGAAAAGAAACUAGCUGAAGAUGAGGGAUUCCAGUACGCAAUGGAAAGCUUCUUUUCCGUGGAAUGGAAUGAGAUAUACAUCGCUAUCUGGCAGAAUAACGCUUUCCUGAACGAAGUUUCAAGCCUAAAGGAAAACGGAAUCGACGUUGCAUUGAUGUUAUUUAUGAAGUUCGCAAUUACUUUCCUCGCUCUGGUAGCCCUCAGCUACGCAGCUCCUCAACCAAGGAAGCUGUUCCACGAACAUUUUGAAGACUUCACCGAUGUCAUCGUGGAAGAAGUUGGUCAAGAACUUAACGAAUUAAUGGAACAGUACUUGCAGUUCGACGAAUUCCUAGUUUCACUUAACUACCUCGUUACUCCUAAUUUCAGAAACUUGGUAUAUGAAAUGGAAGAUUUACCAGAAUUUAAAGCCGUGGUAGAGUUCUUGGAAGGUCAUGAGAUUGACAUUCAAUUCUUUAUUGAUACUGUCAACACUUUCGUUGAUGGUGUUGCAAGGAGAAGUCUACGCCAGUCGGUCAGUGGCCGUGAUUUUACCGCAUUUAUGCAAGACAGUAUCGCUAUAUUCCCCAAUGAAAAACUGGUUGCUCUGUAUGAUGAGAAAGUGGCAGAAGAUGAGGCAUUCAGACUAGCUAUGGAGAGCUUCUACAGCGACGAAUGGAACGAGAUAUACAACGCUCUCUGGGAAAAUGAAACGUUCCUAAAUGAAGUUGCGACCCUUAAGGAAAAUGGAAUUGACGUUGAAGUUCUUUUACUUGAAGCCAGAGCCGUAUUAGGACUUCAAUAAGAAAGCCAAGAUUCACGUUUUCACGUGUUUCAUAAAAAGAAAUAUAUUUGUAUUCAUUAUUUU